AUGCCAGCCUCAAAUGAUUCUACCAUUUCAUGCUCAAUCGAGGAAACCAAUGAAAUCAGAAAGAAACUUGGCCUGAAACCACUAGCAGUCCCAACAUCUGAACCAGAAAAUGAAUCUGAACAGCCUUCUCAAGAUACAGAGGAAGUUAUAGAACGCCUAAAUAAAUCUAAAAGAAGAAGAGCAAGAGAAGCUUUGAUAAAGGAAGGCAGUAUAGCAGAUUCUAUAAAGAAGGGAGAAUUAAUAAAUUCAAAAUGUAAUAAAUUAGUAGAUAACUCUGAGAAUGUUGAUACUCUGGAUUUGUUAUCUUGGUCUAAAAAAAUGGCCAAAGUUACGAAGUCGACCAUAGCACAGGCAGAUAAACAUGUGACUUAUAGCGACGAUGAAGAAUCAGAUGAACCAAACGAAAACAACCAUGAACCGAAAGAAGAAACAAACGGACCUAAUUUGAAAGUGAUACACAAAGUUAACGAGCUAGACUUGAUAAAGGGAGACGGUGUAACGCUGACGUUGAAGGACGUGGGUGUUCUUGAGGCCGAAGCAGCGGGAGUUUCUGAUUUAGAUUUCCUGGAAAACGCAGAGUUAGUUGACAUGAAGAAGGAUAAGAAGAAAAUGGAGCAGAGAAUGAGGAAUCAAUAUGGAAACUACGUGCCAUAUGAAGAAGAUGACCCUCUAAACACCGGCUUCCUAAAACACUAUGACGAUACAAUUAAGGAAACCCAAGGCACAAAGCUUACUUCACUUGCAAAUGAAGAUGAAGGAUUUUUUGUAAAGCCAAACCAGUCUAGGAAAUUCCAAGUUAAUUUCGAUGAAAAUGAGAACUAUGAUUCCUUCAUUAAAAAGACCAAACCCUCAGACACAAAAACAGAACUGGUCGAUGAGACGGACGUGUUUUCAACCCUAAGUUCUAGGAAGGAGAAGCUGAAAAAGAAACCUAAACAGAUGAACUGGGAUAAGAUAUUCUCAAAAGAUGAAAAUAUAGAACUUGAUCUCAACAACUUAGUGCCAACCAAGAUUAAGAAGGACGUCGCAGUGGUUGACGACGAAGACGAGGAGAUGCUAUAUAUCCAGAUUUCAAAUCAUCGCAAAAGGGUUUCAAACACUGAGGUAAAGAACGAGGACUCGAAAGAUGUAAAGCCUCAUGUGGACUUUGGAGCCUCAACUAAUGACAAAAAAUUCGAAAUUACCACAACAACCGAGUUCUGCAAAGUUGUGAAAACGCCAAUGGAAAAAAUAUCGGAACAAGAGUCUGACCAAAAGUACAAUGUUAACACCGCUAGUGACCUGGUGGUGGACGACGACCCAAACACGUUAUCGGAAAGACCGCUAGGUGAUGGCAUUUCAGCCGCACUUUCAUAUAUUAAACAAAGAGGCGACUACAUAGAUAAAAAAGCAGAAACCAGGUCCAAAGAAGUCCAACUAAACUACAUUGACGAAUACGGGAAUGAAAUGACCCCCAAGGAGGCCUUCAAAAAGAUCUCGUGGAUAUUCCAUGGCAAGCGUCCAAGUAAGAAGAAGCAGGAAAAGAUGAGAAGGAAGAUAGAAUUAGGUAUAUUAAAUGACCAUUUCAAACGCUCCGUGAACCAGAACCCAGUUGGGGCCCUACCAACCAUGAAGGCCCUGUUCACUCACCAGGAAAAGGAACAAACACCACAUAUAACACUGUUCGGGAACAGAAACCUAAACUAA